AAUCCGAUUCGUGCCAUUUUGAAUAUCCUCGGCGUGAUGAGUCGACCUCUUGUCUCUUACGACGAUAUCGCGGCACCAGCACCACCUACUUCGCCCGAUGCUGGUGGGAGACCUCUCAAGCGGAUCAAAAGGGAUGGCCAGUCUGUGAAAAAUCCUCCGGACCGAGGGGGAACGAUACCUCAUCCUCAUUGGGAUGAAGCGACAGAAGGUGUGACCAUCGCUAUGGAUUAUGGUAACGGCGAUGGCGCCAUCGUUGCUCCUACUGCUGCCCCCAUAUCAUUGAGAGAUAGUGCCUCAGUGAAUGGCCAACAAACUAUCAGUAAGCCCAAUCCUAGUACCAAGAAGCGUCAAAGGAAGAGGAGGGGUGCCCGGUCGAAGAUUUUGGACGAACUCCCCCACAUAGGACCACUCCCGACAUCCCCCGAGGCUAUACCUCAUGCUUGGGAUGAUAAUCAACUAGCUGAUGCUUGGGAAGCCGCAAAUGAGGAGUACGUGUUAAUACAUACUGGAGAACGGAGGGAAGAGACUAGGCACAAAAAUUCAAGAUGGCACAUCGGGGAUACAAAAGUCACAGAACUGCGAACUGAGCCCCAUUUAGCUGUCCCCAGAGUCGACGAUGCUGCACCCGAAGCAGACAUUCCCGCAGAAAAAGAGAAAGAGGAAGAGGAAGAGGAAGACGUCGAAAAGGUUCUUGCGGUAGGGGGUGACGAGGUCAAAAAGGAUAGUCACGUAUAUGACCCUUCUCUUACCCCUCUCCCCGGAGUGAUGUACGGCGAAAACGACGCUUUCCAAAAAGCGGUGAGUGCAUCAUACUGGCUGGGAUACUGGACAGCGAUUCGUGAGGUGCGGAAGGAUGGCAAGUGAAAUAACUGUUUGUCUCAACUUAAGGUGUAGUUUCUGAUUGAUGGGCGGACCUGAACGAACGCUUGUACGAGGGCAAAGUUCAGCUUCAUCCCGUGGUUAUGGCUAUUUGGUUAUUGCAGCUCAUUGCCAAUGGAGGACUGAUUUUGCCAAAUCUCAUCGUUGACCGGUCUUCCUGCGCCUUUUAGGUUUGUACUCAUCUCAUGAAACAACCUGUCUUUGUC